AGAGAGAGAGAGAGAAAGAGGGAGGGAGGCGAACCCAGGAAGGCAGGGCAUAACUUUCUCUCUCGCACUCACAUGCACACACACACAACACACCUCCCUGUAUGUGAUUAAAUGUCUUGAAAUCUGCUUCUGAUUUCCUCGGGGAGUUGACUUUUUCCUUCUCUCUCUCUCUCGCCCCCAACCCUUGGAUUUAUUGAAACCUUUUUUUAAAAAACUCCCAUUUAAAGGCAGCCCGACGCUGAGGCUCAGUUUCUCCACUGUUGCAUUUCUCCCACCCCCCCUCUCUUCCCACCCCCUCGCCGCUCUUUCGGUCCCUCCCAGCGAAGCAGCCCUUCAUUGGGUAGUUCAGUGCGAGCGAGCGAGCAAGAGGGAGACGCAGCAGCAGCAGCAGCCGGGUGGCAGUGGGCGAAGAACCCAGAGUCACCCUGAGCCGCUGAAGCAGCAACCACGCUGACUUUGGGGUGGGUGGGGGCUGGCUUUGUGGAUCCUACCCCCUCCACCACCUUUUGUGUGUGCGUGUGCUGCUGUUGCAACCAGCUGCACCAGCAGAAUUUCUCUCUCCAGAGUUCCAAACUCUUUAUUUUCCUUUUCUUAGCCAAGACGAUUUGGGUGUCUGGAAUUUACACUCCGCUGACAUCUCUCCGCUGGGCGUUGGAGUGGAACUUUCUACCUGUUCUUGUCGCAAGAGAAGCUGGUUUCUGUGACUUUUGAAGAUCUCUCACUGGGAGGAUGGACCCCUUGUCUAUGUUGUGGUUGCUCUUGACUGCCUGUGGAUUAGACUUGUCUCAGGCUGUGAACCCCUUUGCGGUGCAACAGAUCCCGCCUGACCCUUGCUAUGACGAAAAGGGGGCACCCCGCCGCUGCAUCCCAGAAUUUGUCAACGCCGCCUUUGGGAAGGAGGUCCAUGCAUCCAGCACAUGCGGGAAGCCAGCGACCCGCCACUGUGACUCUUCUGACCCCCGGAAAGCUCACCCAGCAUCCUACCUCACAGACCUCAACACUGCUGCAAAUAUGACCUGCUGGCGCUCAGAGACCUUGCACCAUUCGCCCCAGAAUAUCACCCUCACCCUCUCCCUGGGCAAGAAGUUUGAGGUGAUCUAUGUGAGUCUGCAGUUCUGCUCUCCCCGUCCAGAGUCAGCUGCUGUUUUCAAGUCCAUGGAUUACGGCAAAACAUGGGUGCCUUAUCAGUAUUACUCUUCGCAGUGCCGGAAGAUCUACGGCAAGCCCAACAAAGCCACCGUCACCAAACAGAACGAGCAAGAGGCUCUGUGCACUGAUGGGCACACCGACCUCUACCCCUUGACAGGAGGGCUCAUUGCCUUCAGCACUCUGGACGGGCGUCCGUCAGCCCAAGAUUUUGACAACAGCCCCGUCCUUCAGGAUUGGGUGACGGCCACUGACAUCCGGGUCAUUUUCAGCCGCCCCCAUUUGUUCCGGGAACUAGGGGGCCGGGACCAUGAGGACGAGGAUGGCGGGGCUAGCUCUUCUUCGUAUUACUAUGCUGUGGGCGAGUUUCAGGUCGGAGGGCGCUGCAAGUGCAAUGGGCAUGCCUCACGCUGCGUGAAGGACAAAGAAGGCAAGCUGGUGUGUGACUGCAAGCACAAUACGGAGGGCCCUGAGUGCGACCGCUGCAAACCGUUCCAUUACGACCGUCCAUGGCAGAGGGCCACCGCCAGGGAGGCUAACGAGUGCCUAGCCUGCAACUGCAAUCUCCAUGCUCGCCGCUGCCGUUUCAACAUGGAGCUCUACAAACUCUCGGGACGGAAGAGUGGGGGGGUCUGCCUGAAUUGUCGCCACAACACUGCUGGGCGACACUGCCAUUACUGCAAAGAGGGCUUCUACAGAGACAUGAGCAAAUCCAUCACUGACAGAAAAGCCUGCAAAGCCUGCGACUGCCACCCUGUUGGCGCAGCUGGAAAAACUUGCAACCAGACCACUGGACAAUGCCCAUGCAAAGAUGGCGUGACCGGGUUGACCUGCAACCGCUGUGCCAAAGGUUACCAACAGAGCCGGUCACCAGUGGCCCCAUGCAUCAAGAUUCCUGCCAUCAACCCCACCUCCGUGGUCACUAGCACAGAAGAACCAGCAGACUGUGACUCCUACUGCAAACCAGCCAAAGGCAACUACAAAAUUAACAUGAAAAAAUACUGCAAGAAAGAUUAUGUUGUCCAAGUCAACGUCUUAGACAUGGAGACGGUGGCCAACUGGGCCAAGUUCACUGUCAACAUCCUCUCGGUCUACAAGUGCAGAGACGAACGGGUGAAAAGGGGCGACAACUUCUUGUGGAUCCACAUGAAAGACCUGGCGUGCAAAUGCCCCAAGAUCCAAAUCAGCAGGAAGUACUUGGUCAUGGGGAUCAGCGAAAACCCCACUGACCGGCCAGGACUAAUGGCUGACAAGAACAGCUUGGUGAUCCAGUGGAGGGAUGCCUGGACUCGGCGGCUCAGGAAACUGCAGAGGCGGGAGAAAAAGGGGAAGUGCUUGAAACCAUGAUUGGUUUAGGCUCGUGUCUGUUAAUACAUGCCUCCCUUCUCUCUGGUCCCCUGUGCACUGCACCCAGCAGACUGUUCCUAGAGACUCUGUACAUAUACAUAUCAUGUGAAUGGAUGGACUCGCCUGUGUAUAGUGUAUAUUUUGGCAAUGAUUCCUUGGGGGGUGGGGGUUGUGUGCAUGGGUCCUUUUUUAAAAAAAAAGUUUAUUAAGAGUAACACAGUAAUGACAAACCUUUAACAAGGAGCGAAGUGAAGGAGAAGGCUGGUGAACUGAAGAGACUUGGAAGAAGACAGCUCAGAAUGUCUCUGAGCAGGAGCAAAAUUCCCACCCUGUUUUUCUUUUUUAAAAAACAAAACAAAACAA